UGAUUUUCAAGAUGCAAAGAUAUUAAGACAGAACUUUUUCUUGAAUAUUUAGAUGCUGGGAAACAUGAAUUAAUUCAAUGAUUUCUUGGAUUAGUUACUUUCUAUUGAAUGCUGUCUUUUUGUAAGCCAAACUUCCAUUGUUCUUUCUCUAUAGCAACCAUAUCCUGGAGGAUUUACUACAAAUUGAAUUACCAAGAAUGAUUUAUACAAAGCCACAGAUUCUAAAGCCAUCGUUAGUGUUAGGAGUGGAGUCCCUUCUACUGUGCAGGAAGACAUGUUGGACCUGUUCCGAGCAGGCUAAUUCGUGGGAUUGAAACCACGGAGGAACCACACCAUCUCAGAUGGAGUUUUCAGAGCUGCAGAUGAAGACGCCGACCACGGUUCUGGGAGAGGAGAUCUGGUCUGUUGGGGAGAGUCCGGGGAGGACGGAUGGACAUGCGUAGCAGAAACCAGGGAGGAGGAUGAGCACUGCCCCAAGUCCCGUCUUCAGCCAAGGACGGUUGAGAAGGAACUGAGGAGGAUGCGGGACGCACGCACUCAGGAAGAUUCCAAUGAGAUGGGAGAAACCAACUGAGCACGUAUGUCCCGACCAGGCACUGCCACUGAAGAUCUCCGAUCAACUGUGCAGAGAUGCACCAUCACCUGGAGUGGAGCACCCACAGGGACAGCACUUGAAGAAACAUUAACUAGUUGCAGGAGAAGUGACGUCCUUAUGAUGACUCCAUGGUUUGCUCCAAUAGUUUGGGAAGGGACCUAUAACUUCGAGAUCCUGAAUGAGCAGUUCCGACAAAGGAAUGUCACUGUUGGACUGACAGUGUUUGCUAUCAAAAAGUAUGUAGUCUUCCUCAAGACAUUUUUAGAAACUGCAGAGAUGUACUUUAUGGUUGGACAUAGGGUGAACUAUUACAUUUUCACAGACAGACCAGAAGAAGUUCCUCAAGUUGCGCUCAAAGAAGGAAGGAACGUAGUGGUUCUACAAGUCCCAAACUCACCUAGGUGGCAAGAAAUCUCUAUGCGACGAAUGGAAGUGCUCAGCUACUUCUCACAGCAGCGGUUCAUUAAUGAGGUCAGCUACCUUGUGUGUGUGGAUGUAGACAUGAAGUUUAAUGACCAAGUUGGAGUGGAGAUCCUGAGCGACUUGUUUGGCACACUACACCCAGGUUUCUACACCGCAGAGCGCCAGUCUUUCACGUAUGAACGUCGACCUGCUUCUCAAGCUUAUGUGCCCAGCGAUGAGGGUGACUUCUACUAUAUGGGAUCCAUUUUUGGAGGAACAGUAAUGGAGGUUUACAAGCUGACCAAGAAAUGCCAUGAAGCCAUCAUGGUGGAUAAAGCCAAUGGAAUUGAGGCAAUCUGGCAAGAAGAGAGUCACUUAAACAAGUAUUUUCUUUACCACAAACCAUCCAAAAUACUUUCUCCAGAAUACAUGUGGGACGACAAUCUAGGUAGGCCAGAGAUCCUUAAGAAAAGAAGGUUUCUUGCUGUACGAAAGAAUCAUGCUGCAAUCAGAAAUAAAUGAAGUUAAUUUCAGUUCGCACUAAGCCCAGUCUAACGUAACUGAUAUUGUAGGUUUCCUUGGUUGAUGAAAAUAUACAAACAAUUGGUAAAGCUCCAUAACUUUUUAUGACAUCCCCAGUAGUUCUGGAUAUGGGAAUGGUUUGCAAGAUGUUGCUGUGAUGUCACUCUCCAUAUGUUUUAUGGAAAUACGCUAAUGAGUGUGAAUAUAAUGUAAUUGGAAUAUG